AUGGGUCCCCCGCGGAGCGCCGCCGCCCUGCUGGCUGUGGCCGCCGCCGCCGCCUUCUGCGCGGGUGCAGCUGCGCUCUCCGCCCCGUCGUCUGCGCCGGCGCCGGCGCCGCAGCCUAUCUUCGAUGACCUGGAGGAGGUGCGCUCCGGCGUGGUGUGGCUGUGCCGGCACGUCUGCAAGGGCCGCAUCUUCUGCGCGCUGUGCCCCGCCACCACCUCCAGCACCAGCACCACCACGACGGCGAAGCCGGAAGCCGGGCCCCCCGCCGCCCCCGCCGCCCCCGCCGCCGGUCCAGCCGCCGCCCCCGGCACCGCUCCCGCAGCCGCUCCUGCCAGCAAUGCGACGGCUACGGGAAAGUGA